AUGGCGACAAAAAAGACGAUUUUUCAACGGUUACUCUUCCGGUUUACUUUCACCACUUUAGUGACGGUUAAUGACUCUUCGCCGGCGACUACGAAAUCCCCACGUUUUCCGAUUUCGUUGGCUUCUAUCCCCACUCUGAAUCCUCUGAUUCUUAGUGAUGCACGAUCUCCUCAGAAAUUGGCACCCGAUGGUGUUUAUAAACACAGACCUCUGGAAUUAUUUUCUUCACAUUUCAAAUUGCAAUCUUUCGAGUAUCUUUACUAUCCACUUCGAUUUUAUCAAACCAUUCUCAAAAUGGGUGAUAACCUACAAAGAGCGGUUCAAGAUCUUGAUCUUGGUGUUGAGGAUGAACCAUUUGCACUCCCGGAGAUGGUUGUCAAUCAAGCGGCGGCGGAAAACAGAUUCAUCAUUGUGGGGCGUCCGACAAUUCCUCGACGUCAAAAUCUCAGAUCGAUCAUCGCCAAUCUUCCCCGUAUGUGGGGUUAUGGUGGUCUGAUCCACGGUCGUAUCAUUGCAGGAGGGCAAUUUCAAUUUGUCUUCCCCACUGAAGAAAUGUUGGAGAAUGUGUUAAGGAGAGGACCAUGGGCAUUUUCCGACAGAAUGCUUGUCUUGCAGAGAUGGACACCACAACUGGAUCCAGUGAUGCUCAAUUUCAUCCCUUUCUGGGUACAAGUUCGUGGAAUCCCACUACAGUUUCUGAAUGAAGAUGUGAUCCGACACAUUGGGUGUGCCAUGGGAAUGGUACUUGAAGUGGAGUUUGAUGCAGAAGCAGCGGCCAGGGUGGAGUUUGCUCGAUUUUGCAUUAACUGGGACAUCACUCGUCCUCUCAGAUUCCAAAGAAAUUUCCAGUUUUCUGCGGGUAUCAACACUUUGUUGCGAUUUCGAUACGAGCGACUUCGUGGAUUCUGUGAAGUGUGUUGUAUGAUAACACACGACUCGGGAGCCUGCCUCAUUCAAAAUGGUGGACCAGACCAUCCAUCAGAUGGUGAUGACGAUGAAGCGAAUGAGCAGGAUCCAAUGCCACAACAAAACCAUGGAGUCCUAAUUCGUGAAAUUGAUGAUGAUGAAGCUGCAGAAGAUCCAGAAGUUCAAGACAAUGAAGGGCAACACGAGGUGAAUGUGAUGCAGGAAGAUCAUGAAGUGGAAGAAGAAGAUCAUAUCAUUGAGGAAGAAGACUUAACAAUGGAGGAAACACAUGAAUUGGUAAACAGCAACAGGGAAACUGAUUUGCAAGGAAUCAAUGGGAAAGAACAACACACGUAUGGAAGAAAGAGAAAGUUUCCAACAUCGGAUUUCACUGGAGCAGGAUAUAAGCUACUGAUUCGUGGACAAGGGGAAAGCAGUGGUGAAGCAACGCCUGAUACCACAACCAAAACCGAGGGAGGCGCGGUGGGCCCUGAACCACCACUUCCACCAUGA